AUGUUCUGGGCUUUAGGGCCUCGCAGUAAAAAAAAAAACGUGACAUCAAGCACCCCAUUACACGGUGGAGCUACGUCCAGCACUUCCUUAAUUCGAAAGAAUCACUCAAGGGCGCAAGUGGAAAUUCGGUUCAAAUACCCAGUCGGCGCUGUCAUAAUUCUUGUUUUGCUAUUUUUUUCUUACGGAUCUUGCUGGGGAGCCAAGAUACAACGCAAUCCCUAUGAAUGUCCAACACUGCCAGAAAACCCUGAUCCAGCGCAUGAGCAACGCAAUCCUACCUCUGAACGUCUUGAAAGACCGCAAUUUCUGUGUUUCCUACGCGAAACAUAUAGUAGCAACACCUUGAAGGUCAGUAACUGGGAGAAAAAACAUAGAGACACAAAGACACUACAGUAUAUCUUUAUUGCGUACACAACCAUACAAUUCUCGCAUGACCAGAAGCGCGAUGACAUGGAAGUUCUACAUUCUAUUGCGGAGAAGGCAGCUCGUCGUGCAGGAGUUCAAGUCUAUUGGCUUGCAUGCAGCUGCAAAACUUGGUCUGCUCAACCCUGGCUCUUCGGAUUCGAAGGCUACCUGCCCACCCACGAGAUUGAAGCUCUUGUUAUUGUAGUCAACAUGAACCGUUUGGCUUGGACUCCGUACAGCAGUCAACUAUCGCGCCACUGUAUGGUUGACGGAGAGUGUAUUGGGAGAAACCCUACGGAAGACCCGAAAGUCAAGCGCAUAGUUGAUUCCAGUGCUUACGCUACCCGUGAGGCCGCCGGUGUCUCUGCUCCUCUGUGGAAGCGAGGGUGGUAUGCACCGCGGUCUACUCUGUUCCUGUGA